CUACCCCAUCAGCAAAACAAACAUCAAAACCCAGUCCAUCUUUCAAGUACUAUCUUCUUCAAUUUCAGGAUUUAAGAAUCAAAGUGUAGUUGCAAGAUGAGUUCAACAAGCAGAGCAUGGAUUGUUGCAGCCAGCAUGGGAGCCGUGGAGGCUCUGAAAGAUCAAGGUAUCUGCAGAUGGAACUAUACUUUAAGGUCAGCCGUCCAGCAUGCCAAGAACCAUGUCAGGUCUGCUUCUCAGGCCAGGAAUCUCUCUUCCCAAUCCUCAGCUGCAAUUUCAAAAGGACUGUGCAGGGAUGACAAGUCUAAACAAUCAGAAGAGUCAUUGAGGAAAGUCAUGUACUUGAGCUGUUGGGGUCCAAACUGAGCCUUCCAUGGGUGUAUUUAUGAUGUAUAUAGCUUACAAAAUGAUAUAGGAGAGUAUCUGCCCAUAAUCCUAUAACUAAUAAAAUGAGUUUUCAGAA